ACACCUUGUGUUUGUAUAAAUACUGUACGAGAACGGCCAGAGACGCGCACCACUCAAUCUGCCUCAGGCUACUAAGGACGCAUAAGCUGCAAAGGAGAGACCACUGCUGUCAUCAUGAGGAAGCUCCUGGUUUGUGCUGUGCUUCUUGCACUUCUUGCCUUCGGUGCCGAGAGUAGCCGCGUGGCCAGGCAGGCUGAGGAGGAGGGAGAUGUGCCCCAGGAAGAGGCUGUGGCCGCCCCAGCUCAGGAGGAGGCUGCACCCGCUCCGGCUGAGGAGGAGGCCCCACAUGCAGAACACAGCGCACCCGCUCCAGCUGAAGAGGAGGCUGUUAAGCAGGGCACCGCAGCCAGAGUGAUGAACACCCUCAGAUCCUACUACGACCAGACCCUCAACACCGCCUCUGGAUACCUGGAGGAUAUCAGGGAGUUGAAACUGGAGGAGAAAGCCAAGAACCUGUACGUGGAGACCACCACAGCUGUCAGGACCUACGCUGGGGUCAUGCAGGACCAGCUGUACCACAUGGUCGGGUCUCAGUAAAUAUCCCAGACCUCAUAUACCGACUCAGUCCAAAUUUAGGACAGACCAUCUCUGAUGCUGCAAGCUAGCUAGCUAGCAUGGCUUGGCUGACAUCAUCUAAACUAUAGUUGAGGACCAGUGUGUUGGCACACUCAUCAACAAGGUCUCAACAGUUUCUCACUGCAACAGGAAACUCACAGCUAACCUACUUCACAUAGAAUUCAAUGAUUCAACUGUAUUGAUAUUUACAUCAAUCAGUCAUACAAAUAUGGUGGAAGCACAUCAGUUCUGUGGAAAUGAUUGACACAAGUUAUUCCAUGCCAUGAAGUUAUUUGUUCAAGUGAACUGUCAUGCAAUAAAAAAAAAACAUGCUGGUUUGAAAAGA